GUUAGUGGUUUGGCGUGCAACGAACGUUUCUCCGUGGUAAUAUUCCUUUUUGAAUUUAAUUAAUUUUCCACUCAGCUGUGGAUUUUAGUUUUCGCUAUUUCAAAUCCAACCUGAACUGUAAACAUUGACGAAAUGCUCUUCACAUCCCUACUUGAAGCCGCCCAAAAUUCUCCCUUUAAAACUCCCUUUUCGGCAGCCAGUUGUCAGGCGAGCAGCCGCAGCGAUUGCUCAAAACUGACGCCAAACCACCAGAUAAUGGCUGCCGCAGCCGCCGAGGGAGACUCCUGCGAGUUCGGUUCGAACACCUACUUUGCACUCUGUGGUCUGGGUGGUAUCAUCUCGUGCGGCCUAACUCACACCAUGGUGGUGCCGUUGGAUUUGGUCAAAUGUCGCUUACAAGUCGACCCCGUUAAAUAUAAGAGUGUGUUCAAUGGCUUUGCCGUUACACUUAAAGAAGAUGGCGUAAAAGGUCUUUCUAAGGGAUGGGCGCCAACUUUCUUCGGUUAUUCUAUGCAGGGUCUCUGUAAAUUUGGUCUCUAUGAAGUAUUUAAAGUGAUCUACUCUGAUGCGAUUGGUGAGGAGAACUCCUACCUGUAUCGUACUUGGUUGUACCUCGCAGCUUCCGCAUCGGCUGAAUUCUUUGCCGAUAUUGCUUUAUCUCCUAUGGAGGCGGCCAAAGUGAAAAUUCAAACAACCCCCGGGUUUGCAAACACUUUGCGUGAAGCUUUGCCCAAGAUGUCGGCACAGGAAGGCAUUGCCGCAUUCUAUAAGGGUUUGGUACCAUUGUGGAUGAGACAAAUUCCAUACACAAUGAUGAAAUUCGCCUGCUUCGAAAGAACGCUGGAACUUCUAUAUAAAUAUGUCGUACCCAAACCCCGUCAGGACUGUACGAAGGGUGAACAACUGGUCGUAACUUUCGCCGCUGGUUAUAUUGCGGGCGUCUUCUGUGCCAUCGUAUCCCAUCCAGCUGAUACAGUUGUAUCCAAAUUGAACCAAGCCAAGGGCGCCUCAGCCUUCGAUGUGGCCAAGCAACUGGGUUGGGCUGGUCUUUGGGGCGGCCUUGUGCCUAGGAUUGUGAUGAUUGGUACUCUAACUGCCGCUCAAUGGUUCAUCUAUGAUGCUGUUAAGGUAUACCUGCAUAUGCCCAGACCACCUCCACCAGAAAUGCCCGAGUCUUUGAAGGCUAAACUGGGUGUAGCUUAGUGUGGCGUAUGAAAUAAUUAAAUAUUUAGUGAUAAUUGACAAGCGGCAUUGUUAACUGUAAAUUUACCCAUGCAGUAAAAAGGCAAAUAUAUUAUACAAUUCGCGAUAUCAUAAGAAACGAAAGAUUAUGAUGGAAUAAAAUUUAUUAGAAUUAAAUUAA